CGCACACUGACAGACAGGAGAACAAGUUUGACACAAGCAAAGCAGCACGUCACCAGAACUUGUGCCUCUCAGUCACAGCACCAGUGACUCCGUCUGUCUGCUGAAGAUCAUGUCCGACUCUCAGGACGCCAGUUUGGAUGAAGACGUUGUGUUCCCGCAGGUGUCGGAGUCGAGCCCCGAGUUUUAUUACAGCGAGCCCCGUCGCAGAGCGCUGGAGUGUCUGCUGAGCGCUGGGCCUGCUGCCUUCCACACCCAGCUGAGCUUGGAGCGUAUCAACAACUUCCUGUCUGAGUCAGAGAUCUCUGAGCUGCACAAUCACGUGACUGACUUCAUGCCCUCUGACGUUCCUCUGUCGCCAUGGAGACGGGAGCCCGCGGAAUGCCUCUCGGACUUCUCGGAACGCUACUGGCCAGAGUAUUCCGAUGUCCCCGCCCCUUGCCUCGAUCUGGGCUGGCCUGACAACGGGGGGGGGUGGAAGGGCAUUACCAGAGCGACCGUGUACACACACCCCCCCUUCGAGAGAGAGCCCCCCAUCAGAGAGGUGGUGAGGAGGGGGAUACAGGAAGCCAGCAAGCUGGUUGCUGUGGUAACAGACAGGCUGACUGAUGGGGACAUCUUCCGUGACCUGGUGGCCAUGGCUAGGAGGGGCGUGGCCGUCUACAUCCUGCUGGAGCAGAGAGGAGAGGAGAGCUUCCAGGAGAUGAGAGAGAGAGAGGGGGAGAAAGGAGAAGAAGAGAACAUGCGUGUGCGUGUCGUGAGCGGCGUCUCUUUCUGCUCCCAUGAUGGAAAGAUGGUGAGCGGAGAGAUGAAGGAGAAGUUUAUCCUGAUUGACCACGAGACUGUGAUCACAGGGAGCUACAGUCUCACAUGGUCUGAUGCUCACCUCCAUCGUCAGCUCGUCACAGUCCUGAAAGGUCAGGUGAUCGAUUCCUUCGACCGGGAGUUCCGCAUGCUGUAUGCAUCUUCGCUGCCGGUGCAGCUCCCCGAUUGGCCAAGAGGAGCAGACGCCCAUCCAAUCAGCUACAAGCUACAGCUGAACCCCAUGCAUUCAACCUCAGAGCGACACUUUCAGCCCCUCCCUCUCCUCUCUGCCAAGAAACACUACACCCCAGACCAGCAGGCCCUGUCUGCAGAGGAACAAAUCACGCCCAAUCGCCAGAGGUGGGAGGAGCUUGCACAGUAUCCCUUUGAAGGACAAUCAACCAAGUACAGGUGGACUCCUUUCCAGGCAAAAGAGGAGGAGGGGUCUUAUGCAUAUUCUCCACCUACAGACCAAAGACACACCCCUAUAGGGGAGGAGUUUGUGGUGAAUGAAAAAGGAUCUUACUUGAGCUGUCUCAGGAUAAACAGAUUUGGACAUCGAGACACACCCAGAGAGGAGGAGCCUGUGAAGUUUGACCCGCCCUUCCAAAAGAAAACACCCCUGGGGCAGGGGCUAAACCAAGAAGAAUUGUUUAUUAAAGAAACUACAUCUUGGGAGGGACUUACACCUGGGGCAGCCAAUCCCAGACAAGAGAAGGGACUUAAUCUGCACCAGCAUCACUUCCAAAGAGACACGCCCCCAGGGGAGGAGCUUAGCUCCGGAUUGGAUGCUUCUGAAGAGGAGGGGCCAGAUUCCACCAUUGAAAAACCAAGACAGAGCUCCCCGGUGUCGGUCCCCUGGUCUCUUUCUUAUAGACAGUCUGGACUUCGCUCCCUCAGCAAUAUUCUCAGAGCAGAGCGUCUGAGCAGCACUCCCCUCACGACACCUGCGGGGGGGCUGGGGGCGAGGGUGAGGGGGAGCAGAUCUCUGUGGGACUUGAGUCAGCUCUUCACUGGCUCCAACGAAGAGGAAGAGGGGGUGGACCCUGAAAUGAAACCAGCGUCAACACCCCAAGACAAGAUCCUACAAGAAACACCAGCCUGGCUGAGGAGUGGCCCCCUUGGCUCCCGGGUGACCCCUGCGAUGGCUCUGAUUCGACACAGAGGGGAGGUGCCCCACCCCACCACCCUACCCUCCCGUCUGAGGGACCGCAUCCUGAGAAAGAGGGAGGGAAACCCUGAACACUGAGAAUUACUGAGAGCGAGAGAGAGAGAGGCACACACAAACACACACUGACACAGAGACACACUUAGAGAGAGGCACACACACA